CACUGGAGACACCAUGCGUGAGUGCAUCUCUAUUCAUGUUGGCCAGGCUGGAGUUCAGAUAGGAAAUGCAUGCUGGGAACUCUUCUGCCUGGAGCAUGGCAUUCAGCCAGACGGCACCUUCAAGGAUCUGCACGAUGAACUCAACUAUGAUGACUCUUUUACCACAUUUUUCAACGAAACAGUCACUGGGAAGCAUGUGCCACGGGCUGUAAUGGUGGACCUGGAACCAACUGUAGUAGAUGAAGUGCGGGCUGGCACCUUCCGGGAACUUUUUCAUCCAGAACAGCUGAUCACUGGAAAGGAAGACGCAGCUAAUAACUAUGCCCGUGGCCACUACACCAUUGGCAAAGAAAGCAUUGAUAUGGUGCUUGAUCGCGUCCGUAAGCUGACUGAUGCCUGUUCUGGCCUGCAAGGAUUCCUGAUCUUCCACAGCUUUGGUGGGGGUACCGGCUCUGGCUUUACCUCCUUACUGAUGGAACGCCUCUCUGUGGAUUAUGGAAAGAAGUCCAAACUGGAGUUUGCCAUCUACCCAGCCCCUCAGGUCUCCACCGCUGUGGUGGAGCCUUACAAUUCCAUUCUGACCACGCAUACCACCCUGGAGCACUCGGACUGCGCCUUCAUGGUAGAUAAUGAGGCCAUCUAUGACAUCUGCCGCCGAAAUCUCGACAUCGAGCGCCCCACUUACACAAACCUCAACCGCCUCAUCAGUCAGAUCGUCUCCUCCAUCACCGCCUCGCUGCGCUUCGACGGCGCCCUCAAUGUGGAUCUGACAGAGUUCCAGACAAACCUGGUGCCCUACCCGCGCAUCCACUUCCCCUUAGUGACCUACGCCCCCAUCAUCUCCUCUGACAGAGCAUAUCAUGAGCAGCUCUCAGUGGCUGAAAUCACCAGCUCCUGCUUUGAGCCUAAUAACCAGAUGGUGAAGUGUGACCCAAGACAUGGGAAGUACAUGGCCUGCUGCAUGCUCUACCGUGGUGACGUAGUUCCCAAAGACGUCAACGUAGCAAUUGCUGCCAUCAAGACCAAGAGAACUAUCCAGUUUGUUGACUGGUGUCCAACAGGCUUCAAGGUUGGCAUCAACUAUCAGCCUCCUACAGUAGUUCCUGGUGGAGACCUAGCCCAAGUUCAGCGAGCAGUCUGCAUGCUGAGCAACACCACAGCCAUUGCAGAGGCUUGGGCAAGGCUUGACCACAAGUUUGAUCUGAUGUAUGCCAAGAGAGCUUUUGUGCACUGGUAUGUGGGUGAAGGCAUGGAGGAGGGAGAAUUCGCAGAGGCCCGAGAGGACCUGGCUGCCCUGGAGAAAGACUAUGAAGAAGUGGGAACUGACUCUUUUGAAGAAGAAAAUGAUGGGGAGUAAUUUUAAAAUACACUUUGUUCCUAGU